CCAAGAGUGCAGUUCAUUUCACGUGUCUCUAAGUCAUUGUCUGAUAUUAUCCAGAGCUGAAUGUGUGAUUCAUGCUUACUACUAUACUCUUGCUUUGCAGUUCUUACACAACUUUUUUUCUUAUUUACUUCUAAAAGUAAAUAAAAACUUAUAAAACUGUCAUUAUUAUAUAACAACUAUACGUAUUAUGAUGUUAUUAUUUAAUUAUGUUGUUGCUUGGUUACAUUUGACGCCUCGGCACGUGGGAAGCUACCGGUUUGAAAGACGCGGCUUCACUUGCUUUUCUGCACCAAGAUGGCAAGAAUCAGACGAAUGGAGAAAGCUGUUUGCUGGAGCGACGACAGAUACUGGGCAACUUGGGACAAGUGGGGAGAGGUGAUUGACUGGGGAGAUGAGAAAGAGCUGUGCUCCCCAGCAGAAUCACCUUCUGACCAGGCUGACAGUUCCACUGAGUCACACUCCCGAAGGCGAAUUGCCAAGGCAGUUAGCUGGACGGAUGAUGCAUAUUGGGCAGCCUGGGACAAGUGGGAAGAGAUCAUCUGCUGGAGUGAUGAAGAGGAGUGCUCCCAAGUAACUCCACCCACCAGCCAACUUGGGAGGGAUAAAGGGAUAGAUGUGCAUGGGUUGGAGGCUUUUGUAAUAAAUAACAGGACAAUCUCCAUAAAGCCUGUAGACGACCAUCGAGACAGUCUGAAUAUAGGAGCUGUGCUGGUAGACCUCUGCCAGUUUGAUCUUGAAUAUUUAGAUCAAAGUAACGUUCAUUUUGAAAUUGUACAAGUACAAAUUGGAGAAGUCGAAGUGGGGGAGACUAGAGAAAAGGUUUUUGAAAAAGCAUUUGAAUUGGAAAUUGUGGAUGUGGCAGUAGAAGUUAUAAACAGUGAAUUCCAGCUAAAUGCUAUCAAUUUGGACAUUGUUGAAACUAAGGUGGACAAAUUAUUAUUGGAAGAAUUGAUCGUUGGCGAUUUAGAAGCAAGCAAUGUGAAGGUAUCAGCAUCAAAUGGCAAUGUGGUGAAGGUACCCUUACAAUCAAUUCAUGGGAAACAGCAGAUGAACAGAAGGACCAGGCAACCUUAGACCGUACUGUCUGGUGGUUGACUCAUGGCAACUGGACUUGUCUCUGAAAGGUAGAAACGUUUCGCUGCUCAUCCAAGGAGCUUCUUCAGACUGAUGGAGGUUGUAAGUGUCCACAUAUUUAUCCUCCUGGGUAAGUAGUCUAAGGGGGCUCGUUGAGUGAAACAAAGGGGGGGGGGAGUUGCGGGUAGAUGUAACCAUCACACCUUAGCAGUCCCUCCUACUCCAAUAGAGUGGGUCGUUAAGGGUGGUUCACCUGGUGGAGGUGUGAAUUGGGUCUGAUUUUCUCCUGGGAAUUAUUUUUGUUUUGGCAAAGGAUGAGAGGGCCGCAGGUUAAAUUGGAGACAGGUUGUGCCUAAUGCCUAAGGGGUCUGGCCCUCCUGGCUCUGUCGGGCCCUUGCUGGGGGGUGGGGGGGCCCUUGGAUCUCUGAGCCCAGUCUUCCCUGGUGUGGCCGGCCGCCGUGCGGAGCCUGCGGGCUCGCCGCCACGGCCCCCUGCGGCUCCAGCACUGUGGCUGCCGGAUGGCCUCCCUCCGGAGCUCUCCUCUGCCCUUUUCUGGGUGAGGGCUGCAAUACUCCCUGCGGUGGUCCUCCGGGGGCUCCCAUGCCCUUGGGGGGCCUCUGGAUGUCUGGGGUCCGGGCCACCUCCAUGUCUGCUUCAUGUCCUGAGGGAUGGGGCUGUGGCUCCCCACACACACUACUAGACAUUUCCAUGGUGAAACCUUUUGAACACCAGCACGCUCACACACACAGGUGUGCACACAGGUGUACAAACUGGUACUCACAGACACACUCUGUCGUAAUCGGCUGUUGCUUCUUAACAUGUUCAUUGUGAUUCGUACAGAUGUUGGUUAUUGUUUUCUCUCAUCAGCAGGUAUUGAAGCGGAUUAUCUGUUUUUUUUUCUUUCCUCUUUUCCCUCCCUCCUCUAUUUCCCUUCUCCAUUUUCGUCCUCCUUUCGCCCUCUCUCUCCCUCUCUUGAGGAAACAAGUAAAAAUAAAUAAAUAAAUAAAU